AUGCCUGCUCGAUCCAAACCAGGAGCUGUGGCUGCUGCUGUCACUGGCGCUGCGAUCGUCGCAGUUCCUGCUAUUGUCGCAGGCCCUAUUCUUGGUGCCUUGGGCUUUGGCGCCGCUGGUAUUGCUGCAGGUUCUGCCGCCGCUGGAAUUCAGAGCGGGAUUGGAAGUGUUGCUGGGGGAAGUCUUUUCGCAGUUCUCCAGUCUGCUGGCGCAGGAGGCUAUGGUGUUGCCGCUGUCCAUGGAGUCAUUCAAGCUGUUGGAGUGGCAGUUGGUGCUAGAGGCAUCGGUGCUUGGUUCCGUGGCCAGGGUCAUGAGGAGGGCGGUUCUGACCACGAAGACGAAGAUGGUUCUGGUGACUCCGUUGACGAUGACAGCGGCGGAAAGGAAGGGUCUGGAAAGGACAACUCGACCAACGAUGGACACUCGAAGUCGCCCAACUAA